UGAAUAAAAAUCGGAGCGCAACAGUGCAACCAAAAUAUUCUGUACUUGAAGGCAAUUGCAGACAGAUGUUGACAAAGAGGUGUCUCUUGAAACCAUAUUCAGAUAGCUUUUUUUUUGUGUUAACUGCAUAUAUAAAUACCAGCAGAAGGCCGGUCACCUCUGUCAGCAUCAGCAGAAGCCGCAUCUUCAGACGCAGCCUGAGUGAGACCUCGGAGCAGAGAAGGUGCCUCGGACUAGCUGCCGGAUUAGCCUCCCUCAGAGGCAGCCUGGGCUAGCCCUUUCCUUUCCCAUCUUCCUGUUUUCCUUGACUUUCCCCCUUUUUCUUACCCACUAGCUUCUUUCCCCAGGCGGACUUAAGGGCACUCUGCUCCCCCUCCCUUUGGCUGCUCGCCUACUCUGUCUUCUACAUCUCUCUCCUCGCCCACCUUCUUCAGUGUCACGCUCCCUUCUACUUCUGUGCGUCUACAAAGUUUUGAGCGGAAUUUUAGCCUCGGCAAACACGUCCCCCCCAGCUUCUCUAGCUAAUUCCCGCGGCUUCUCUCCAGACACCAGCGCCAGACAGUGAGUGAUGCCUCUUGGAUUGUGAUUCCAGCCCGGAAACUCGAAAGAAGCCCUUUGCCCUCCGUCCUACUUGGCAACCAACCCUCGCCUAGCCGCGAAUGACCAUGUGUAGCGGAGCAAGGCUGACCUUGCUGGUCUACGGGAUAAUAAUGCAUAGCAGCAUCUCCUGCUCACCUGCCGCCGGACUCCGUUUCCCUGGGAUCAGACCAGAAGAUGAGGCUUACGACCAGGACGGAAACCCUCUACAGGACUUCUACGACUGGGACCCUCCGGGCGUAGGGAGCCCCGCCUCUGCUCUGCGUGACGCCUAUGCCCUUUACUAUCCAGCGGACAGGAGAGAUGUCGCCCAUGAGAUCCUUAACGAAGCCUACCGCAAAGUCUUGGACCAGCUGUCCGCCAGGAAGUAUCUGCAGUCAGUCGUGGCCAGGGGCGUGGGGGAGAACAUAGGUGCGGGCGCAGCGGACGACCGGGCUCCCCUUACCAAACGCCACUCGGACGGCAUCUUCACCGAUAGCUACAGCCGCUACCGAAAACAAAUGGCGGUCAAAAAAUACUUGGCGGCCGUGUUAGGGAAAAGGUAUAAACAGAGGGUUAAAAACAAAGGACGCCGAAUAGCGUACUUGUAGCGAUGAGUUGCCAGCUACGGUGUGUAUAAAAUGAAAAGUCGUUUUCCAAAUUGACUGACCAGUCAUCGCUCAUGUGUUCUUUCCAAACAUGUAUUUAUGUAUGAAGUAAAGCCAUUAAAUGACUAUUUUGAUAAUAAUAUUGUUUUUCUUUUUACGAAGCACUAGAGAAUGCACAGAUAUACUUUGUGGACCAAUUAUUGAUAUAUAUUAUAAAUAUAUAUUAAGAAUAUAUAUAAGUAUAACAGAGAGCAAUUAACAAGCGUGCACAAGGAUUGAAAAUUCGCCUGAGCUGUUUAUGUUUUUAUAUAAAAUGAAUAGAAAAAAUAGACAAUCAUUGUUUUGAAUAUUACUCCUAUUUUUGUAAACUGGAAUUAAAGGAUAGUAUUUUUAUCCACAACAGGCCUGAAGAUAUCAAUAAUGGCCAUUUGCUACUGUAAAAAAAAAUGAUGCCCUGCUCCAGGGGAAUUCUGAGGUAAUGACUGGGGGAAUUGCUGAAGGGCUUUCUUUCCCUGUGAGUCUCUGGGGCAGGCUGCGUGAACCCAAGCCUAACUCAAGCGGGCAUUGUCCCACUGGCUGCGGGCAAUUCCAACACUUUUGCUUUCUUUGAUUCUACUUUUAUGUGUAUUUGUCUCUCCUCAGACUCUCAGCCCAGAAGGAAAUUCUAAUUAACAACUAGAUCCAAAUUGUGCUUAUCCCCAGAAUUCAUGUCAUUCCCUGGGAUGAGAGUUGAGGAAUUGUACAGAGGAGACCGGCUUGGAGAGAGCUCUCUUCUCUGUACUUCCCGAUUCUUCAGGGAACGGACUAUCCCAAGGUUAGGGAAUUUGGAACAAAGUGAAAGAAAUAGAGGCGGAUUGGAAGAGGCAGAGUUUGUGGUGGCAGAGGAGGACCCUGCAGAGGGACUGGUUUGAGAACUGCCCCAAGUCUGAGAAUCAGGGGGCAAGUCCAGCCCCUUUGCAGAUUCCACUGUCUGACAAAUUGGGUGCUGGGUAUUGGAAAUAAGUGCAAAGUACAAUGUGUUUUUCUCCAGUGCUGUCCAUGCUUCUCAUUUUGUGAACCGGCCAGGGUCCUCCCCUUUGAACCCUACCCUGUAGAAGCCACCCCUGUUUGUGGUUUUUCUGGAGAACCCUCCUUUCUACCCCAACCUCCUGCAUUGUUUAAGAAUCGUUUACCAUUUUUCACUCACUUCUCUUAAAUUUGUGAAUGCUACUCAUUUGUUUUGUUGUUGUUUGAUGCAAGCAGUUACUGUGAAGUUUAGGAACCCCUGUGUAGCUACCACCAAGUAAUUAUGCACUAAACAUGAACUUUUUGUUUCUUGAGUUUGUAGGUAAAAUGUAUUUUUCUACAUUAUGGCUUAUUGCUUAGUAAAACUUGUUUCAUAAAACCAAUCUUUGUCAUAUUAGAAUGUGUAGUGUUCCAAUAUUGCUCAGUUUGACUUACUGAUAAAUCAUUUAAACCCCAUCAUUAUAUGUAUGAGUACUAUCUUAUAUUUCUGGUCAAGAGUGGUAUAAGCAGGGUCCCACAUCCCAACCUUGUAUCCUGUCUUGGCUAAAGAAAGCAUGUCUGUUUCUUGUCAAUUUCUUGAACAUAUAUGGAAUAAUCUUUAUAAACAAAAGAACCUUCACCCAGCAACCAGAUCAAGCAGCAGCAAACCAGCAAGUCUCCCAAAUUUUAGGCACAGAUUUUCAAAAAAAAAAAAAAAAAAAGAACAAGAAAAAAAAACCCACCCAUUAGUUUGUAAAGUUUAAAUGAGUUUUCCUCUUUCCUGUACAGAUUUGGUUAGUAUGAAGUCAGGCAUCUAAGAAAACAGAACUGUAUUUGCAUUCCCAGGCGGGUGGAUGGAUGCUGCCCCGAGAUCACAUUGCAAAUAGAGAAAGCAGGCAUUCGAUGUCAGCCUGUGUCCGGCUACAGGAUCAAUCUUGAUUUCAGCAGUCUCCUCAGGCAAUGUGACCCGGGAUGCAGUUUGCAGCUUUAGUGCCUUUCUUUGCCUUUUAAAUCGCCACGAAUCACAGAUGGCUAUUUAGUGGCCCUACAAUGCUGCAACACAUCGGCUUGCGUUUUAGUCUUAAUUAUUUGUUUCUUGGAUAAUGGGCAGAGUUUUCUGUAUUUGUGUCAGCUGUUAGUGGUGAAACAAGGCUCUAGUGAACCUUUUAUUUAUGAAGUCUAACUUAGUGCUCACGUGGCUAGUGGCAAGCAUUUUACAGUGAUCACCCAAUUUAAUCUUUUGUAUACUUUUUAGAAAUGCCAAGAGCCUUACUAAACUGGAGCAUAUUUAUGAUAUAGUGAUGAUAUAGGUAGAUGUUAGUCUUGGAGCUCUUAUUUUGUGUGCAACUGAUUAUAGAAACAUAUUAACCAAGCAUUAUUACACACAUAAUAUCUAUAAUUAGGACUUUGAUAACUGUUAUAUAAAGUGUGUAAAAUUUGUAUGAAUAAAUUUUUGUAAACAA